GGGAUAAUGCUUGUUUAGGUUUUUGUUGUUGAAUACUUGAAUACAGAACUCUGAACCCUGUAGCCGUCCAAGCUCUUUCUCCACAACCACCAGAAUAAAUCCUCUCUGCAUGACAUAGAAAACGUUUUCUUCCCCCCGAUCAACCUCCAAAUUUGAAUUCAUUGUUUUCUGAUCUUGCUUUCCUUGUACUUUUCUUCUUCGAUCUGUUCACAUUUCGAAAAACGUCAUCCCGUCAUCUUUUAUCUUCUUAUUCAUGCCCAAAGUUUCAUCCCAAUACUGCAAUAGAGAUGUUUCCUACCUCAAGUCUUCAACCCUCCAAAUGGGUAUCUGCUCAAAAGCUUGAAACUUUUCAUUUCUGGAAAGCCCAAUUUUCCGAAGAUUAGGUGUUUGAAAAAAAAAGAAAAGGUUUUGGUGUUGUAGAAGGCCUGAAGAGUAGGGAUAGGGUUUUAGUUAGUGGGUAAACACAAUGGAGGAGGUAUGCUUGAAUUUGGAAGAAUGGAAGUUGGAGGUGUGCAAGCUCAAAAAGGCCUUUAAGAAUUGCCUUUCCAGUUGCAAUAAGAUUGAAGAUUGCUUCAGCUCAACCCGGAAAUCGUUAGAGACUAAAACCCAAGAGCUUAAGGCCCGGGAGGAGGCAAUCGGGCUCCGAGAGAAGCAGUUGGCAGAGACAGAGUCCAACUUUCAGUCCCUGUGGGGAAAUAGGGAGAAGGAGUUGGAUGCAAUUGAGGAGGUGGUUACACAGAAGCUAGUACAAGUUGAUGAAGUUACGACUGAGUUGGAUCGUGUUAGUUUACUGGUUGAAGAAAAGAGGCAGGAGCUUGAUACUAAAGAGAAGCGGUUUUUGGAAGUUGACAAGUUGGUUAGAGAAAAUGAAAAGGAAUGUGAUUUGAUCCAAAACUGUAUUGAAGAGCGGAAGAGGAAUUUGAGGAGGCUUGAGAAGGUUAGUGGGGAAAUGGAUGUGAAAAUGAAAAGUUUUGGGGAAAUGGAUGUGAAAAUGAAAAGUUUUAGAUUGCUUGAGAAAUCCAUGGAGGAUUGGUGCCAUAAGCUUGACUUGAAAAAGAAGGAACUUGAGUGAUCCUCUGAGAAGCUUGAGUUGAAAAAAGGGUUAUUGAAUCAAACUGUUGGAGAAUUAAAUGUUCUUGAUGACAGGGUCAACUGCUGCCUUGAUGAAGUUCAAAGGAAAGAGAGGGAACUUGAACUGAAAGAGACACAAGUUGAAUCAAAAGUUGAGGAGCUCAAGUUGACAGAGAUAAGGGUCGACAAACGCCUCUAUGAAGUUGAAUUGAAAGAAAAAAAUCUCGAUUCACUGAAGAAGUCAGUAGACGAGGAGAAAAAAUGUUUGGUGUCACUCAGUAAGAUUGCUGAAGAGCGCAAAAAGCAUUUGGAGUCGCAGCAAAAGUUGGUAAAAGAGCGCAAAAAGUGUUUGGAUUCCCUAUCGGAUGACCUUGAGAAGAAAAUGAAGGGACUUCAUCAACUGGCCAAAGACCUUAAAUCAAAGAUACAAUCUGAUUGUCAAUUGAACACUGAGCAAUCUGAACAUACUCCUGGGGCUAACAAUGAAGCAAUUCCUAAAUCUGGUAAUAAUGGUGUGUGCAUCAUUUUUUUACGUUGUUGUCGACAUGUUAAAACUGAAUUCUUUAAAAUAUCGGUGUUGUCUUCCAAUAUAAGAAGAAAAUUGAAAGGCUGAAUGAGUUUGGUUCUCGCAUCUUUGUAUAGCAUUGGCUGCAUUCCCUCUUUUCCAUAACUCAUAGGUUAAACAAAGACUGGAGUUGUACUUUUGCAUUUUAGAGCAGCAUAGUAUGGUAGUCACCCGCUUUAAAAAGUUGUUGCUAAGCAGUGAGUUUUGGAAUUAUUUAACAAUUGUCCUUCUAGGCCUACAUAUUAUAACAUUUUCCUGCUUCCUAUUUAACUAUGUAUAUGCAUUUCAAAAAGAAAAAAGAACUAUAAUAUCUAAUGCUGUUACCAAUUAAUCAUCUUUGACUAGUUCUUCUCGUUACAUUUUCAGUUCAGUGGACAUAUCUUCUGCUACGCCUGUUCUUCAUUUUGAUACUAUUAAUCUUUGAUACUUGAAAAUUUUGCAUACACAAAAUCGGUGUUUAGGCCGGCUGUCUUGAAUUUUCUCAUAAAUACCAUCUGAUAUUUGAAAUAUGCAAACAUAAACCUCAAUAUCUCAUGUUUAUUAUUAGUUUUGGUUGCUCAUAAUUAUGUUUGACAUGUUACAUUAUAGGCCAAUUGCUCACUAACCUGUAUCUGCCAUUUCUUUGUAUCUAUUGCAAUUGCAGUCACCAACAUCAUUUCUUCCCCUGC